UGGAGAAAUGCCACCUCCCGGGACGCUCCGGGUCCGCUCCGGGAACGAGCCCGCCGGACGAAUGGAGCAGCAGCAGCCGCCCGCAUGCCACUGGAAGGAGACUCGGGCCGCGUUGAGCCGGCUGGCGGAGAGCCUACGCUGCUCCCGAUGCAGAGGAAUUCUGAAGAAACCUGUGAAUGUAGGAGGCUGUGAACAUGUUUUCUGCCUAACUUGUGUAGGUGAUUCCAUUGGUGCAGCCUGCCCAGUGUGUCACACACCAGCCAUGGUACAAGACGUAAAAGUAAACAGGCAGCUAGAGAGUAUCAUCAAACUGUAUAUCAAAUUGCAAAGCUUGCAGAACAGGGACUUCACAGGUACUCAGGACAAUCUGUCUGCUCCAGGAGAAGUAGAUCAUGAGGCAGGAACUAAGAAACAAAUCAAAAUGUGGUUCAGUCCUCGUAGUAGGAAGAUGAGAUUUACUUUGAAGAGGCCAGAGAAGCCAGAGCAGAUGGUGUCGGACAAGGAUAGCCAGCCCCAUCUCCCAGCUUCUGCAUAUGACUUUAUUUCCUCCACUCCUCCUCAAGAGCCAUGCAGAAAGGUCAAAAAAUCUCAGCCAAAAUGUAAGAAGCAGCUGACGAAGAAGACUUUAACAGAUCUCAACCAACAAUGGGGUUUGCUGAGAGGAAGGCAGGAGAACGUUGGUGGCCAGAAUGAGGGUAACCCAAGUGAAGCCAAGGAAUCUGUGGUGUCCUUUUGCAGUCAGACAGUGAUGAUCUCUAGUCCUAAUCCAAAAAGUACAUUUGAGCACCAGUCCACAGUUGGGUUUGUACAGCAUGAGGAUGACUUUGGCAUGGGUGGUGAUGCAUCUGUAAUAUCCAUGGAAAAGACCAACAAUGAUAACUUGUUUGAUGCACAUGAUGUUGCUGAGGAACCUUUGACAUCUGAGGAGUGUCUCCCCUCUGGAAGGGAAAUGGCUGUGCUAAAGCGUGGCAGGCAACAAAUGGAAUCUCCUGCAUCUUUAGCUAAACGCUCCAGGACAAAAGAGCAAAGAACCUCCAGGAGAGCAUCACUGCUGAAAGAGUCCCCAAGGCAGUCACUCAGAAAUUCUCUUGGAAAACUCUCUUCACUUACACCAACUGCUAGUAUCUUAACAACACUGAGAAACUCUAAAGACUUUCAACAUGCAAGUAGUCAAAUAGCUACAGAAAUAUCAACUUCGUCUACUAAUCUGGCUCAAAAAGAAGCCAAAGAAAUUGCACUUUUCACCAAGAAAUUCCCCAAUAAUCUAUCAACCAAGAGAAAUCAUAAGGGGGAGACUUUACUCCAUGUCGCUUCUAUUGAGGGAGAUCUUUAUGCUGUUGAGCAAUUACUAAAAGAUGGAGCAGAUCCCAAUGUUAAAGACUAUGCUGGAUGGACACCACUGCAUGAAGCUUGUAAUCAUGGACAUAAGGAAGUAGUGGAGCUAUUGCUACAACAUGGGGCCCUACUGAAUGCAACUGGCUAUCAAAAUGAUUUGCCACUUCAUGAUGCUGUUAAGAAUGGGCAUACAGGCAUUGUUGAGCUGCUGCUUUUGCGUGGAGCUUCUCGAGAUGCAGUUAAUAUAUUUGGUCACAAACCCAUGGAUUAUGCAGAAACAGAAAAGAUGAAGUCACUGCUGAUGUUACCAGUGAAUAAUGAAUCUUCUAUUAUACAAUGUGCAGAACAACUAAACCUAAAUCACUCUAGAGAAGAGCCUAUUGUUUUCCUUGGAAGUGGUCUUGAUCCAGUUCAGCAACAAUUGUUGAGUAAGUUGGCUGUGGUUUUGAAGGCCAGAAUAUCUACAGAAUUUAUUAACACAGUGACUCACGUUGUUAUCCCUGAGUAUCCUGUGCGAAGUACUAUGAAGUGCAUGCUGGCAGUUUUGACUGGAUGCUGGAUCCUGACAUUUGAGUGGGUUAAGGCCUGCCUGCAGACAGGGGCUCGGGAGCAAGAAGAGAAGUAUGAAAUCGAUUGCGGUUCACGACGUGGCCGGCUGAAUAAAGAACAGCUGUUGCCCAAAUUAUUUGAUGGCUGCUACUUCUAUUUUCUGGGAACAUUCAAGGAGCCCAACAAAGAGAAACUCAAAGAAUUGGUGAAAACAGGUGGGGGACAGAUUCUCAUGAGGAAGCCUAAGCCAGAUAAUGACGUGACCCAGACAGUCAAUACUGUAGCCUAUCAUGCUGAGAUCACUUCUGACCAGAGUUUCUGUACACAGUAUAUAGUCUAUGAUGCGUCUUCCAGCUACCACCCCGAGAAAGUUCGUCAAGGAAAGGUUUGGGAAGUGUCGUCCAAAUGGCUUAUAGACUGUGUGAUGUCAUUUCAACUUCUGCCUGUUGAGGAAUGAUGUUUCCAGCAUCAUGAGAUUGCUUGCAAAAAGAUUAUGAUGUUGUGCCCCAAAUGGAAACAACAAUUAAGCCACAGAUUCUCUUCAUUUAUACUUUUGGAAAUAUUUGGGAUGAAGGAAGCACAAGUGUAUUCAAGUGUCCAAACUGGUUCUUGCUUAAAUACUGAGAAUUGAACUCAUGCUGUCUUAAUAGCCUGAUAUGCAGAACCUGUUUGUAUGUUUCCAAGUCCUGCUUUUUCUUGAUUGAGUGGAUUUCUGUGCAUGUGACUAGAGUAUGACAUAUUUGAAGACGUUACCUUGUAUAAGGAGUACAGGUGUGAUUAUUGGACAUAUUCUAAAAUUAGGAUUUUUUUACACUGAAACCCUGUGAUUGCCUCUGAAAGCUCCCAUCAGUAUCACUCUGGCUACUAGAAUCCCUUUUAUUAAGCAAACAACAAGGACAGUAUAACCUAUUGAUUAAAAUAGUUCAAGUCUUUUUUCUGAUUAGUAUAACUUUCACCAGUGUAGAGGCUGUAGGUUUUGUACAAUUUGGAAAUGGGUCAUUUUAUGUUUGUAAUCAUGAUUUCCAUGUUCUUAUGUUGUAUUUUUAAUGUUUUGUCUGUCAUCAAUGAUAAAUCAUGGCUUGAAGCA